UGUUGCAAACAUAGUUAAACAUUUCUGAACCAUCAGAGAGACAGAUCGAGAGUGAGAAAAUGGAGAAAAACAAGAGAAUUUUCACGUUUUUGCUUGUGAUUAUGUUCUUCCAUGGAGUUAUGAUGAUGAGAUCAAUUGGGUAUGAAGGAGAAGAAGAGCAGGGAGGAGGAGGAAGAGAAAGAGGAGGGUUCAUGAUGAAAGAGUCGAGACAGGUGAUCAAAUCAGAAGGUGGAGAGAUGAGAGUUGUGAUAUCUCCAAGGGGAAGGAUCAUUGAGAAACCAAUGCACAUUGGGUUUCUAACAAUGGAACCUAAAACCCUCUUUGUCCCUCAGUAUCUUGACUCUAACCUCCUCAUCUUCAUUCGUCAAGGUGAAGCAACACUUGGAGUGAUAUGCAAAGACGAGUUCGGAGAGAAGAGAUUAAAAGGAGGUGACAUCUACUGGAUUCCAGCUGGUUCUGCCUUUUAUUUGCUCAACACAGGUCGAGGCCAGCGCCUUCAUGUCAUUUGCAGCAUUGAUCCAUCGCAGAGUCUUGGUUUCGAAACUUUCCAACCGUUCUAUAUUGGUGGAGGUCCAUCGUCUGUUCUCGCCGGCUUUGAUCCAGACACUAUAACUUCAGCACUCAACGUUUCUCGACCGGAGGUGCAACAGCUGAUGACGAGUCAAGUCCGUGGCCCAAUUGUGCACAUCACGGAACAUGCUCCCACAAUGUGGACCGACUUCUUAGGGUUGAGAGGUGAAGAGAAACAUAAGCAUCUCAAGAAACUUUUGGAGAUGAAACAAGGAACCUCUCAAGAACAAGAAUUCAAUCCAUGGUGGUCUUGGAAGAAUAUAGUAAGCUCGAUUCUGGAUGUAACCGGAGAAAAGAACCGGGGUUCAGGAUCUUCCAAGUGCGAGGACUCUUAUAACAUUUAUGAUCUGAAAAACGAUUUUGAAAACGACUAUGGGUGGAGUAAAGCUCUUGAUUAUGAUGAUUACGAGCCUCUCAGAUACUCAGGCGUUGGUGUUUAUCUAGUAAAUCUCACUGCGGGAUCGAUGAUGGCUCCCCAUAUGAACCCAACAGCUACAGAGUACGGCAUCGUUUUGUCUGGUUCUGGAGAGAUUCAGGUCGUGCUUCCAAAUGGAACUUCUGCUAUGAACAUGAGAGUCUCUCCAGGCGAUGUGUUCUGGAUCCCUCGCUACUUCGCAUUUUGCCAGAUCGCAUCUCGGAUCGCACCGUUUGAGUUUGUUGGAUUCACAACGUCGGCUUACAAGAACCGGCCUCAGUUUCUUGUUGGGUCCAACUCGCUACUGAGGAGUCUCAAUCUGACGUCACUGGCGAUGGCAUUUGGAGUGGACGAAGGGACGAUGAAGAGGUUCGUUGAGGCACAGAGAGAAGCUGUUAUUCUACCCACCGCAUCUGCGGCACCCCCACACGAAGGUGAACCUGAGCGUUUCGGUUCUGAUCACAUAUUUACUUGAACAAGGAGAAUGUGACAAACUUGUCUUUUGUAUGUAGUAGACAUAUGAGUGUGUGAUGUCGGUAUGUUUUUCUUUUUCUGAAAAUAACAAUAAAAUGGUUAUGAUGUUAUCUUUGAAUUCGUAAA